AUGUCCCUACAGCUCAAAUGCAGCGGGGACAAGGAUGGCUGCGACAGAUGCGCAGCCAGUGGUCACAGCUGCGAGUAUAGCCGUUCCAACUCACGCAAGGGUAGAAAAGGGAGCGCAAACUCCAAGGAGAGCCGCUGCCACAGCCGGGAGGAGAGCAGAAGCCCCAGCAGCCACACCUCAUCUCAAAAAGGGCAAUCGCAAGCAAAAUCCAAGAGCGGGCGAUCUCGCAACAGCGGCAGCGCAUUGGCCUCGACAUCGCACAUGGGGCAGCGACACCACAGCAGUUCUGCCAGCCACACAUCGUCUCCAAUGGCAUCCCCAACCGACGCCUUUGAUAUGAGCGCAAUGUCGACAGGAAUGACCAGCGACAUGUAUGGAUCGCCUACAAUGUCACAAUUCGACACGGGCCACUUCCCGGCAUACCAGCAGGGAGUGUGGUCAGGGUUCAAUGAUGCGGCAGACGUGGUGGUGACUACCGCAAUGGACUCGACGUACGUGGCGACGACCGGGAGCAUGUAUGACAGCGUGUACGGAGCAUACGACGCAUACCAAGGAUACCAAUACCCAAACAUGGACCAACGAUAUUGGCCGCAAUGA